AGCGCGCACCGCGCCCCCGCGCAGCUCCGCUGGUUCAGGCGAGGAUAGGGACCGUCCUGGGCUGAACUCGCCCUUACAAAUACGAGCUGCGGCAUUCCAAGUGGAGCAGAGUGGACGCGCACCGCGACGCGCAUAAUAUUAAGUAACAGCUCUGAGUGGAUCUGCGCUAUUUAACCCGGGAGGGAGCAGAGGACGGCGUUUCUCUCUGGACCCGACCAAAACACAACUGACACACCGAGCUGACAGCCGGAGGACAGGACUGAUCACUGAGGGGGCACUGUUGCUGCAUUCUCACUUCCAGGAGUCUCUGAGAGUUCAGCUGAUCCUCAGCACCAACACCGCUGCACUAGGAAGAGUCAUCCAAGCCCUGGCAGGCAUCAUGUUUGGAGAGGAGUCCCAGGAGAUGAGGGACCAGCAGGAGGGCCCGGUGCUCCAUGCCAUGGAGACCCCUGCGGCGGGGACAGAGGACGCCGUGUCCAUCCUGACCUCCGGCAACCUGCUGGCUCGCUCCCUGCUGGGUCGCACCGUAGGCACCAAACGCAAGGAGAGCUCCCCCGCCAACAUCCGGCGCAAGCGUGAGUUCAUUCCCCACGACAAGAAGGACGAAGGCUACUGGGACAAGAGGAGGAAGAACAACGAGGCGGCCAAGCGUUCGCGGGAGAAGCGGCGUGUGAACGACAUGGUCCUGGAGAGCCAGGUGUUGGCCCUGCUGGAGGAGAACGCUCGCCUCCGGGCCGAGCUGCUGGCCCUCAAGUUCCGGUUCGGCCUGGUGAAGGACGCUUCCAGCCCACAGAUCCUGCAGCUCACCGCAGCUCCUCACCAGACCCCCGCUCCUCACUACUACCUCCCGAGAGGGGACGGAGCCCUCCAAAGAUCCCCCCACGCCAACACCCAGACGGCCCUGAACACCAGGACCCACAGGGAAGCGGGGAACAUAUCUGAAGACUCGGGUUUCUCCACGCCGGGGGGGUCCAGCGUCGGCAGCCCGGUCUUCUUCGACGACCGGCUCAGCGACCACGGGAAGUUUUCCCCCCACAGACCCGAGGAAGGUUACGACCUGCAUCACUCACCGUCCGAUGUCCACCACAGCGCAGAGCUCAGCGAAGAGAAGCUGGACCAAGCCGAGGGGAUGAAAAACCUCCCCCACAAGCUGCGAUUCAAGACGCCCGGAAUCAGCGAAGGGCUGGACAGCAUGGCCGACUCCGCCGGCGGCGCCAGACGCAGCCCCGCGCUCCCCAACGCCGCGGGACGGGAGUUUCCCAGAGAGGCCCCCAGAGGAGCGAACGGCGGGGAAACGGCAGCGGGGCACUGCCCCGGCUCCUGGCUCCAGCAGCUGGAGGGGGACGAGGGGAGGAGGGAGAGGCACUCGCCUCACUACCAAACCACCGCCGCCGGCUACGGCCUUCACACACCCCCCACACACGGACAGAGCGAGGCUCAGUACCAACACGAGAACACUUACCUGAAGUCCCAGCUCUCCUCUCUCAGCGAGGAAGUGGCUCAGCUCAAGAAGCUUUUCACAGAGCAGCUAAUGGCCAAGAUCAACUGAUGACCAGUGCUUGCUAAUAUCUGGACUUUAAAGGACAGAGUUUUAUCAUAAAUAAAUGUUAAAAAGUCUAGCGAUUCAGCACAAAGUAGCGCUGGACUAUACCACGUUCACAAGGACUUUCACCUCUAUCUAACAAUGUGUCGUUUCUUUCUGUUAUAUUAAACUUGUUGGACACUCAUCAUAUUAUCUGCUGUUUAACAACAACUUACUGUAAUCUCAGCUCCUCACGGGGAUCAUAACUGUGACUUCUGUCUGUGACUGGUUCGUGUAACGUCGUGACUCUAUCCCAUACACUGUGACAGCAAACACACACAACCUGGAGAUGUUCACACACUCAGUGUCUACAAGUCCGAGCAGUGGAGCCGAAUCAACCACAAAUCCUUUCGUUAACAUAUCUGAAGUGCAGUCGACUAAUUGGUCGGUCUGCUGAGACAGUUAUUAACUGAAUAAAACACCACAGAGCCUGACGGCUGAAGUUACUCUCAGAAAACAUGUCAUGUGACUUGUGUCUCGUUGUAUUUUCAUGGAAUACACUAUGUUUUACAAAAAAAACAAACACUGUAACUUGUGUAGUUCUCUUGUUUUACACCACUGCACGGUCUGGAAAGGUUUUACUUCCUCUUUACUGUUGUCUGUACUAAAGGUGACAAGAAUUACAUGUCUCUUUGUUCAUUUUCAUAUAAAAAGAAUAAAUACAUUUGACAGAUACAAUA